AUGAAGCUUGCUGUCCAGCGCCUGGGUGACUGGCCCCAGGGCCAAAGCGAAUAUAUGAAACAAAACGAGAAGCUCUUCGACAAUUUCGUCAAGGAGCUGGAGGGUGUCGACCGUAUUGACACUUGGGACCUGAAGAACUUCGGCUCCAGCAAGGCUUCAGGUUCAGAUGAUAUCCUGGAUUUUGAGACUGUUUCGUGGGGCCUGGCCGUCCCCGGGGGAAUUGAGGAGAUUUAA